AUUGGAUCAUGAGUUGAGAAUUCAUGACAUGAAUGCCGUGGACUUGAAUUGAAGGAUUAAUUGUGAUAGCACAUAGCUAGUUUUGUAUAGAAGAAAUGCAAGUUCUCAAUUCAUGAUAUUUACUUGAUAAAUCCUUGGACUUUUGUGCGCUUUUGAGAUGCCAUUUGUUGAUAUUGCUUUUCAUACUCAAGUUCUUCGCUGGCUACGAUACUUUGACGUUACAAAAGAGGACACUGGGAUGCUUGGUUUUCUCUGUGGUGGCCUUACACAUUGGCCAUCUGCAACAAUCUCGUUCCUGAUUUUCUUAUCAUUCUUACAACAUGAUAUUGGAGGGGCUUUAUCAGCUUCCAAUUACUUGAUCGGUCUUGGAAGCUAUGACAUAACAGGGCCUGCUGCAGAUGUUAACAUGAUGGGUUAUGCAGAUUUGGAUCAAAUUGCAUCUGGACUUCACUUCCGGUUGCGAGCUCGAACAUUUAUUGUGGCAGAACCUAAGGGGAACCGUUUAGCAUUUGUAAAUCUUGAUGCUUGCAUGGCCUCACAAAUUAUUACAAUUAAAGUGCUCGAGAGACUUAAAAUAAGGUAUGGGGACCUUUAUACAGAGCAGAAUGUUGCCAUUAGUGGUAUCCACACUCAUGCUGGUCCUGGAGGCUACCUUCAAUAUGUUGUAUAUAUUGUAACAUCUCUUGGAUUUGUUCGCCAGUCAUUUGAUGUGAUUGUUGAUGGCAUCGAGAAAAGCAUUGUACAAGCUCAUGAAAGUCUUCAACCAGGGUCAAUUUUUGUAAAUAAAGGAGAGCUUUUAGAUGCAGGGGUGAAUCGUAGUCCCAGUGCUUAUCUCAAUAAUCCUGCGGCAGAGCGGGCUCAAUAUAAGUAUGAUGUUGACAAAGAAAUGACCCUCUUAAAGUUUGUAAAUGAUAAAUGGGGACCCGUAGGUAGCUUCAACUGGUUUGCUACUCAUGGAACUUCAAUGAGCCGCACAAACUCAUUAAUAAGUGGUGACAACAAAGGAGCUGCAGCACGGUUUAUGGAGGACUGGUUUGAAGAGAAGGGUUCUCAGGAAGAUUUUGAUGCUCUCUACUUCAAGAAGUUUAGAACUAAAAGGAUCCCUCGUAGAGUCUCAACCAUAGUUCCCAACCACAACAAAAACCGAAAUGAGUUGAUGAGUCUUGCCACCUCCUUUCCUUUUUCUCAAGGACGGCCUGCAACAAGGUUUCUGAGUCUUGCAAGUCGGGUUAGGAAUGCUUUCAGGCAAGCUGACCGGCCUCAGUUCAUAUCUGCCUUCUGUCAAUCAAAUUGUGGUGAUGUAAGCCCAAAUGUUAUUGGUGCAUACUGCAUAGACACCGGAUUGAGUUGUGAUUUUGAUCACAGUACCUGUAAUGGUAAAAAUGAAUUAUGCUAUGGUCGGGGACCAGGUUACCCUGAUGAGUUUGAGAGUACUCGUAUAAUUGGAGAAAGGCAAUUCAAAAAAGCUAUGGGACUGUUUGAUAAAGCAACUGAGCCGCUGACAGGGAAAGUUGACUACAGGCAUGCAUAUCUCAAUUUCUCCAAUCUUGGGGUCUCACUUCCUAAAGUUGGUGGGGGUCAUGAGGUUUCAAAAACAUGCCCAGCUGCCUUGGGCUUUUCUUUUGCUGCAGGGACCACUGAUGGUCCUGGAGCAUUUGAUUUCAAGCAGGGGGAUGACAAGGGGAAUGCCUUCUGGAGGUUGGUGAGGGACUUGAUAAAAACACCGAGUCAGGAACAGAUCAAAUGUCAGUAUCCGAAGCCUAUUCUACUUGAUACUGGGGAAAUGAAGGAACCAUAUGACUGGGCACCCUCAAUACUUCCAAUUCAAAUUUUGCGGAUAGGGCAACUUGUGAUUCUUAGUGUUCCUGGAGAAUUUACAACCAUGGCCGGCAGGCGCCUUCGUGAUGCCGUCAAGAAAGUGCUUACUUCUAGAGGUAAUGGAGAAUUUAACAGCAAUGUCCAUAUAGUCAUUGCAGGGCUGACCAAUACAUAUUCACAGUACGUGACCACCUUUGAGGAGUACAAGGUGCAAAGAUAUGAGGGAGCCUCCACACUGUAUGGUCCACACACACUUGAUGCUUACAUUCAAGAGUUCAAAAAAUUAGCGGCUGCUCUCAUCAGUGGCCAAACUGUUGAACCUGGCCCGCAGCCCCCAGAUCUCCUUGACAAGCAAAUUAGCUUACUUCCACCGGUUGUAAUAGACUCUACUCCUCCCGGCAUAAACUUUGGAGAUGUCGAAACUGAUGUUCCUCCAAAUUCCACCUUCAAAAAGGGUGAAAUGGUUACAGUCACCUUCUGGUCCGCUUGCCCGAGAAAUGACCUUAUGACUGAGGGCACAUUUGCAUUGGUUGAGAUCCUUCAGAACCGGAAGACAUGGACCCCAGCUUAUGAUGAUGACGAUUUCUGUCUGCGUUUUAAGUGGUCAAGGCCUGCAAAACUUAGUCCUCAGAGCCAUGCAACCAUAGAAUGGAGAAUUCCUUCAUCUGCAGCUUCAGGUGUAUAUCGGAUAAGCCAUUUUGGUGCUUCAAAAUCACUUUUUUCGUCAAUCCGCCAUUUCACAGGUUCAUCUAGCGCCUUUGUAGUGGCAUAGAGAUAUGACUAUAAUAUGUUGAAGUCAUUGUUAGAAUUUUCCACUUUCCAGAACGAGAAGUAUAUAAAUCAUCUACGCUGCUUGUUCUCAGCGAGAGAGCUCCUGGGAAAUAAAGCAAUUUAAUUCUCAAGUAUAACUAACACUAAAUAAGCAAGUUAUGACCCAUAUGCUGAUAAGUGCAUGGAAAAUUAUGUUGUGGAAGUUGAUAUGUUGAUAAGGGGUUUUUUUGGCCGAACCCCCAUAUUUUGCUCA